UUUUCAGCAUGUGGAGACACAACGACCUGCCUUCACACCUGUUUUUUUUUAAAUUUGUGAAUACUCUCAGUUGUGGUGGAGCUCUCUCUGAUAUGGCUUUAGUGGAAACGCUUCUCAUGCAUGUGUCCACCACAGGAGCUUUACUUGCAGCUGUGCUGUUGUUUUUGGUUGCUUAUCUAAUCUUAAUCAGCUCCAGCUCUUCAGAAGAGGGAAGAGAUCCUCCGGGACCCAAACCACUGCCACUGCUGGGGAACCUGCUCCAACUGGAUCUCAAACAACCUCACGUGAGCCUCUGGGAAUUGUCCAAAAAAUAUGGGUCAGUGUUCAAAGUGCAUUUUGGACCCAGGAAGGUUGUGGUUCUGGCUGGAUACAAGACAGUCAAACAAGCACUUGUGAACCAGGCAGAAGAAUUCGGAGAAAGAGACAUUACCCCCAUAUUCCAGGACUUCAAUCAAGGAUUUGGAAUCAUCUUUGCUAAUGGCGACAGCUGGAAGACGAUGAGAAGAUUCGCUAUCUCAACUCUUCGAGACUUUGGAAUGGGCAAGAAACUGAGCGAAGAGAAAAUAGUAGAUGAGACACAUUAUCUGCGGGAAGUGUUUGAGAAGUUUCAAGGAAAUCCAUUUGAUACGACCCAACCGGUGAAUUAUGCCGUCUCCAACAUCAUCUCAGCUAUUGUGUAUGGAAAACGAUUUGAAUAUGAGGACCCAAAGUUUCAGGAUAUGGUGAACAAGGCAAACAAGAACAUCCGCAUUAUUGGUUCAGCUAUGAUACAGAUCUACAACAUGUGUCCGGUUCUUGGACCCUGGAUGAAGACGUGGAGGCUGCUGAUGGAAAAUAUGAAAAGCAACAGGAAAGAAAUGCAGAAGCUAGUGAACGUCUUACGGGAAACUUUGAACCCGCUUGACUGCAGAGGAUUUAUCGACUCUUUCCUCAUCCGCAAACAAAGCAUACAAGAAUCUGGAGAAAAAGAUUCACAUUUCCACGAUCAGAAUCUGCUCAUUACGGUGUCAAACCUGUUUGCUGCUGGUACCGACACGACCGGCACGACACUGCGCUGGGGUCUGAUGCUCAUGGCCAAAUAUCCUCAUAUACAAGAUCGAGUUCAUAAGGAGAUUGACCAGGUGCUUGCUGGCCGUGAACCGGUUACCGAGGACAGGAAGAACUUACCGUAUACAGAUGCUGUGAUCCAUGAAAUCCAGAGACUGGCUAAUAUUGUACCCAUGAAUCUUCCUCAUAUGACCAGCUGUGAUGUUCACUUCAACGGAUACUUCAUCAAGAAGGGUACGUGUGUUCUGCCGCUGUUGACGUCUGUGUUGAGGGAUGAGAACGAGUGGGAGACGCCUAACACUUUCAACCCUCAACACUUUCUAGACGAGAAGGGUCAGCUGAUCAAACGAGACGCCUUCAUGCCCUUCUCUGCAGGCCGCAGGGUUUGUCUCGGAGAGAGUUUAGCCAGGAUGGAGCUCUUCCUGUUCUUCACUUCCCUCCUUCAGCAUUUCCGCUUUACUCCUCCUCCUGGAGUGUCUGAAGAUGAUUUGGAUCUCACACCAGUCGUGGGUCUGAUCUUGAACCCUUCACCCCACAAACUGUGUGCAAUCAGUAGACAACAGAAAGACAACUAAACUGAUUCCGCUGCUCGUGAGGCGUGUGUUGCGCAAUCACUCCAGCGGCCUCGUUCAGCUCCCACAACACUUGGUCCUGCUCUGCUUCAUACUACAGUAACAUUAAUAAUUUAACUUAAAGAAGCUUAAUAGCACAUUUGUCAGAUUAGAGGUGCCAUAUAUUAUUUUUUUAUUUUUGAGCUAGUAGGGACCCAUUAUCAUGCCAGAUAGACGAGUCAAUAUGCUUCUAAAUGACACUUUUACUUAAAAGGUGAAUGAAAAUUAAUAAUUUCUUACCAAAUCGUGGAUUUAAAGAUUUAAAAUCCUGUACUAAAUGCUUACUGAGAAACAAAAUAUAUUACACUUUCAAAACCUUUAAAAUGUAUUUCUUUCAGCAGCAAAUAAAAUCAGUGCUGACAAGUCAGGGAAUAUACAUAUACAACAUCACAAUAUACUCCCCUUUUAUACACAUACAAAAUAAUGCAACAAGCUUGAAAUAUGUACAUUUUUGAAGAAGACAAGGGUCCUGUUUUUUUUUACAUACAUUCUUUACUUUAUUUGGAAAAUCUAGUGUUUUUAACAUUAGAUCAAUGAGUGAAAUUGCCUGAAAAUUGCUAAUACAACCACUUGCAAACUGAGAUAAACAAAAAAUAAAACAACAAAAAAAAAAGGUACAAGACAGGCCAACAAUGUGAUGGCUCUCCAAACUAUAAUGUGAGAUUGGGUCCAUAACUUCAAAAUGGUAGGCUACAGUAACCAACAAUGCAAGGGCUCUUUCAUUUCAAUGCAAUUUAAUUCACAUUCACUCGUAUAACACUUUUUACUAUACAUAUUUCAAUGCAGCUUUACAGAAAAUGCAUGUUUCUAUGUGACAAAAACACAAUCGUCUUUUAUGAGGUGAUAUCAGAAACUACAGUUGUAAAAUAGUGUGCAUGUAAAGAAAUGAUAACAUGAUCAUUUUGUAUAAUCAUCCAUGUUUGAUGUUCUGGAGUCCUCCAUCUGAAGUCUUCAUAAGAGGCUGGAUCCAAGCUGGAGCUGGUCUCUAGUUACCUUAUGAUAUUGAAAUCUGUAAUAUUUGCUUGAAUUAUUUUUUUAUUCAAUAGAUUCAUUAAUGCAUUCAAAGGAAGACGUGUGCAAUAAGAAUGAUGUAAUUGUUUUUUUAUAUACACAGCAAAACAUCCAGUGUUAAAUGAACACUUCCAGUGUCACCCUAUAUAAUCUGGUGUGGAUUAUAUAAACACUGUCAUUAUAUUUUAUGUGCCUUUAUAUUUUUGCAGUCUAUUUUCACUGAUAUAUCAGUGUUAUUUGCAUUUCAAAAUAGUUUAUUUUCUUUUAAUUCCGAAAAUAGACACAAAAAGCAACACGAUCCCUUAAAAAAGCAUGAAAAAGAGAAAAAACGCACGGUCAUGGUCACUAAAUGCAUGAGCUAAAAACGUGGAAGCGUCGCGUCUUUUAAGGUGAACCGGAUAGCGUCAAUAAAGCUGCGAAUAAGAAGCUGAAUUCAGCCUCGUCCUAAUUUAUGAUUUCUCUAGGCUAGGGAAGUAGCCUACCACCCUACAGGCUACAGCAAAAUAAAGAACAUAAACAACAAGAGGAGCUUGCUGUGUCUGUUAAACACACAAUCAUUUAUUGCCAUUUCUGCCUUUUUGUAUGUAAUAGGAAAGUUGUUGUUAUUCAAGUAUCAACAGAAACCACUAUAGAGCCAACAGAAAGUGAUAUUUCAACAGUAUUUUCUGCACUUGUCCUUCAAGGUUCAACUGGAUUAACCCUCUAUGGUACGCAAUAUGAUAUCAAUGAGGAAAAAACUUAUGUGUUGUUUUUCCUGCUUUAAAUUGGACACUUUAACAAUAUCAGUAAACAUUUUCAUAUUUUUUUAAUUUAUUUAAUUUUUAUAAGUUUGUUGCCUCUCGGCAACAUUGUACCACAAUGGAAAAAUGUAAAUAUUUGGCAUUUUCAUGUAGAAAAAAGAAAUAUAUUUAUUGAAAACAUCAAUUUCUUUAACUAGACACUUGAAGAACCAAAUUUAUCUAGUUUUUAAUGUAUUAAAAGUUUCAUAUUUAAUAAAAAGUAACAUUUUAUAUCCAGUGGUUGCCCUCAGGCAACAUUGUACCAUAGUGGAACACAAGUAUUACCAAACCAUCAUAUUAUUAUGUUAUUAUAUCAAGUUAUCAUAUCCAUCUUCAUCCUCAUCUCCAUCUUCUCUCUCACCCUCACUCUCUCCCUGACGGAUUGUCACUAUGAUUUCAUCUUCCUCAUCACAGUAUGACCCCUCAUUAUCACCCUUAUCAACUGCUAGUGCUAUGUGUGUUUUAUACCUUUUUGAAGUGCUAUAGAAUAUGUGCAGAUCAUAAUAUAUGCAGAUAUAGUAUGUGAAUUACUAUUCUUAUAAGUGCAUUACAAAAUCAUGUGAAAAUGCCAACAUAUUUAGAUAAUUCUAACUCUUUUCCUUACAAAUAUAAUACAUUUCUAUUCAAACCUAUUGUGCCUGUAUGGCCUUAUGUGAUUCCAUUAUGGUACAAUGUUGCCUUGAGGCAACACACAGUUUUUUGUUAUUUUCUCUAAAACAUUUGAAGAUAUAUGUGAAGUUCUUAAAAAAACUUCUUUACUUGCCAGUGAAGGUGACUCAUAUUUUUUGUGGGUGAUUAAACAGAUACAAACAAGUGAAAAAAGCACUUUUCAUUGGAGAAAAUAUGGAGUCAUGUGACAUGUGCACAUGUGCUGAAACAGGACACAAAAUGGACCCCUGUUGGUCAUGUUUUGAUCUUUUUUGCACUUUUAUUGAUUAGUAUUUGAGUUAUUCUGUCCUGAGAUACGUUUGAUCAAUCAAUUGGUGUCUUAUUUUAUUAAAAACAAACUAAAAUAGACCAUGUUGCCUGGAGGCAACACCGUACCAUAGAGGGUUUUAAAACACGUCCUGACGCGCCUAUAAUUUAAGAAAUCGAAAGUAAUAGUGUUUAUUCAGACGUGACCUUGUAUGAAAGACUGUCGAGUAAAACUCUAAUUUUAAUGAUAAGAUUAUGAUUUUAUUUUAGCUCUUUCUUUGUACAAAAUAUGGACAUUAAGUUUAUUGUUAUAUCGAUGCUUCUGAUGAUCGCUGAUGGUACGUAUUAUCACUUUACGUUGAUACUCGAAAAUAUCCUUCGAGUUUUUCUUUCUCAUUUUUUAAGCAACCAGUUUCUUUAUUUCUUGACAGGAUUCACUGUGCGCAGUCCUUCUGGUCCUCUGGUUGUUCCUCUGGGAUCUUCAGUGGUUUUGCCCUGUUAUGUUGAUGAACCUUUACUAACGGAGGGUCUGGAGGUGGAAUGGAGAAGAACAGACUCAGAGACUCCAGUUCAUCUGUUUCUGGAUGGUGAGAGUCGACCAGAGGCCCAGCAGCAGGAUUAUCAUGAUAGAGUUCAUUUCUUUACUGAGGAGAUUCAACAUGGAAACUUCUCCCUCAGUCUGGACAAACUGAGAGCUGAAGAUGAGGAAAAAUACACAUGUAAAGUUUACAGCGGCCAGGAUUCUGGUGAGACUGAGGUUCAAAUAGCAGCACAAACUGUGGUUCAAACUGUUGAGCGUUUGCUAGUAUCAGGAUCUAAUCGGUCCAUAUCUGCAUCUGUGGGUGAGGACGUCACUCUGAACUGCUCUGUAGACUCUCACAUCACACCUGAACACAUUGAACAGGUUAAAUGGAUAAGAACAGAUGAAGAUAUUCUGGUUCUGCUUUAUGAAAACAAUAAGACUUUAUCAGAUUCAUCAGAUAAACAAUACAGAGACAGAGUUGAGUUCUUCACUGAUGAAAUCCCCAAAGGAAACUUCUCUCUCAGACUGAAGAGUGUCAGAACUGAGGAUAAAGGAGUUUACAUGUGUGAAGUGUUUGCUGGAGGACUUUCAGCCAAUGCAACUGUAGUACUGGAGAGACUGGGUUUUUCUUCUUGGCACAUAACUGUGUUGGUUUUCUGUUUCGUUGCUGGAUCUGGAGCUGUACUUCUGCUCUGCUGCCUGAUCUACUGCAGAUCAAAAAACACAGUCUCCAGCAGCACAAUCUGGAAUCUUCAGCUUUCUCUGGUCUUUUUUCCAAACAUCUGUAUGUUCUUCACCUUCAUCUUCUGGGGUCUCACUGAGGGAUUUCUGCAUGAGACCGUCACUUGCUGUGCUCUGUAUAUUCUGAGGCCUGUUAUGUUGAUUUGGGCUUAUUUAAAGUAUCUUCAAGACAACAUUAAAACAUGGAACAGGUGUAUCAGAAUAACAAGUGAAUUUGCUGUUUUUUCAGUCAUUGUUUAUUCAGUUAUUUUUAAUUAUGGCUGGAGAAAGAGAGCACAUGAUACAAGCAUCAUACCUCGUGUAUUAUCUGGAAUAUACCUUGGAGUGUUUGUGCUGUUGUGUCUCCUCCUGAGUGCAGUUGACUCAAGGCCACCCAGUCAACAACAGCCAAGAGUGUCUUCCCGACACAAGCGAACUCUAGAUAAAUUUUUUCUGUGUAUUUUUGCCGUGUCUUUGUCUCAACUCAUCCAGUUGAUCACCUUGUUUGGACUUCCUUCUCCAGUAUUUUUAAUUGUGAUCUUUGUUCAGCCACUGGUGCUUCCCUUUAUACGAUUUUUACCUUUUCUGCAAACAAAAUUCAAAUGUCUCCGCCAAAGAUGGAUAACAUUAUUGUGGAUAAUAACAAUAACACUCCUGGAUAUCAUCCUUGUGAUUUAUAUUCAUCUAACCAUAUUGGAAAGAGAGAAAGAGUGCGUGGGAUGGAUCUGUGUCAUUGUAUUUAUUGAAGUUCUGAAGAUGAUAGUGUUCUAUGAAAACCGUGUGACAGCGGCAGAACGUUCAAGAGACCAGACACAACGACAACAGACUGAGACGAGCCAACAAAGAUCAAAUACAUUUCAUCUCUGUCAUGAAAUCAUGUACAUGUUUGGAGCAGUUGGUCUUGUUUUGUUGAGCUCUGUUACACUGACAGCAGAACUGAUCCUGAAAGCACGAAACGGUGAGCGCGUUUUGAAGGAUCUGGGAGUCAUUGUCUUCCCCUCCGAAUGUGUUUUUGCCUUGUAUUGGCUGGGUUUACAAAUGCAUGCUUACUGGAAGAUUGAUACAACUGAAUCUACACACAAUCAAAGGAACUCAGAUCAAGGACACAGACAUCAGCUCAGGAACACAGCAGAGACUCAUGAAAUGGAGAAUCUGUCUGAACCUGCUGUUUCACAGACACAGUAAUGAGACACAGACUCUUCAGUACAGCUCUUAAGUAAAUGUGUUCUAAAAAAUGUGAAUUCAUUCAUGUUUAAGUAUGUAUUAGUUAAAUAUGAGGGAGCUGAACAUGUUUUGCAAAUGUUUGUCUAUUGCAUCAGUGAUCAGGCAUCAUGGCUGUUUUUACUUUCGAUGACUCAAAGUCCUUUUUUGCCAACUGAAAAUGGAUCUGCUUAUGUUCAUGUUCGUGUUUUUAUUCUGGUAAUGUCUCUGAGUUUAAUGUCAACAUUAUUUUCUGUUUCGCUAAUAGUGGUGAAAUUGCAGAACUGGCUGUGCCAAAUUUACAUCUACAGUAUGCAAAUAUGUUUGAUGUUUAAAAAAAAAAAAACAGUUUGUAAAGUGUCUGAAUUGUUAGUUCAUGUGUGUGAGUGCAUUUCAGUAAUAAUAAUGUUGUGAGAAUGCUUGCUAUAAAAGUCUUCAAGCUCAUCAGA